CUUUGUUCACAACAAUUGACAACUUCACGUGCCUCAGGCGCUAUUUACCUUCGCCGCGGCGUAAUGUUAAUGAUUUUCAGUGCCAAAAUUGUAUGAAAUUUCAGUGAAUUUCCUCAUUCCCAUUGAUUCAUGGAAUUAUUUGUUAUUCACAUGCGACUCGAUUGUUCUGAAAAUUCCAGUUAACAAUUUACCAUCAAAGAUGUUGGAACCUACGGUCCAGGGAUUGUUGAGCACUAGAGUUGUUUUGGCAAGUGGAUCCCCAAGACGUCAUGAAAUAAUAAAAAAUUUGGGAAUCAACGCAGAAUGCGUCCCAUCAACUUACGACGAGAAUCUUGAUCGACGGAAGUACCAGAGUCAUGGAGAUUACGUUCAAGAUCUAGCAUACUUCAAAGUCCAAGAGGUUUUCGAGAGACUGAAAAACAGUAAGAAACCUCCAGAGUUGAUCGUCGGUGCAGACACUAUUGUUACCAUGGGGGAGACGAUAUACGGAAAACCAAAAGAUAAAAACGAUGCAUUUAGAAUACUAAAUAAUUUAAAGAACAAAGAGCACGAGGUGUUCACAGGCGUGUGUUUCAAAACAAGAGAUAAAGAAGUCAAAUUCUUCGAGAGUACGAAGGUGACAUUUGGAGACAUCUCCGAGGAGCAGAUCAGGGCGUAUAUCGCCACUGGGGAACCAAUGGACAAAGCCGGUGGCUAUGGAAUCCAAGGGGUAGGAGGGUGUCUGAUAGAGAAAAUCAAUGGAGAUUAUUACACAGUAAUGGGAAUGCCACUUUAUUCCUUCAUAAAACAUUUGAAUCAACUGUAUUCUGAUAAUUAAGGGAAUAGAGAUUUUCAAUUAGUACAAGUCGAUUAUCUUGAAAAAAAAAGCCAGUCAGGUGCUACUAUUUCCCAAUCAAACUCAUGUCCACUCACCAGCAGAAUUAAAAAAAAUAUAUUACUAUAUUAAUCAAUAUUAAUUGACACUGCAUAUUAUGCUACGGAAACCUUUGUAAACUAUCUCCCUGUAAUCUCAAAAGUAAUGGGAAAAGAAAACGAGAAACAGUAAAUGACAGAUUUUAAAAAUCGUUAAUCACCUAAUAAAUAAUUGAAUAAAUUAA